UCAAUCCAUACACAUUUUAGUUCAGUGGCAAAUCGUAAAUGCACACAAAAUUUUCAAUGGCGUUUUUCCAAAAUUUCUGCCGAGCUCUGUUUUAAUUUUUGCCGCAACCUCACUAAGUUUUAAUCAAUUUUUCAAUAUAAAAACGUUAAAAUAUCCAUUGAAAUUGAACUCUCAAAGAUAAUCAAAACAAAAUCCUACACCACAAUGGCGGGUGGAGGAGCAGCCCCUGGUGCAAAAGUGAUUCAAGUCACGAAUAUUGCGCCGCAAGCCACCAAGGACCAGAUGCAGACUCUUUUCGGGAAUAUUGGAAAAAUCGAAGAGAUUCGUUUGUAUCCCACGGUCCGUGAUGUCUCUUGCCCGGUGCAGUCCCGCAUUUGCUACGUAAAGUACGUAGAAAACUCGUGCGUUCCAGUGGCACAACACUUGACUAAUACGGUAUUUAUCGACCGUGCUCUGAUUGUCAUCCCUGUGCUGUCCAUUCCCGAGGAGUACCGUGCUCUGGAGAUGUCCAAGAACGGAACCAUUGUCCCAGGAUUGCAGAAGCCUGAUUCCAAACUCCCUCCAGAGGUUGUUAAUCGUAUUGAGGGGCAAUCACCGCAGCAGGUGAUUAGGACAUACGAUCCCAAGUUAUCGGAAAACAAUCUGCCAGAGUACCCAGCUUUGCCAUCAUUCUACGAUUCGAGGAAAAUUGAAGAGAUCCGUCGGACCAUAAUCGUGUGCGAUGUGAAGAAUGAGUGGCGCCUGGACGACCUCAUGGAGUGUUUCUCUCGAGCUGGUGAGGUUAAAUACGCCCGUUGGGCUGAGAAGGACUCCAAGACCUAUUGCAUGGUGGAAUUCUGCGAGCAGCAGAGCAUCAUACACGCCCUGCGCAUGCAGGGUAUGGAAUUCAAGGGUGGUUACUUGAGUGUCUACCACGCAACCGACUCAAUCUCGAAGCCUGAGGCGAAGAGCAACGAAGCCGCCCAGGCUGAGAUCGAAGAGGCAAUGACCAUCGUCAAGGAAGCGCAAAGUAUGAUCUCGGCAGCAAUCGAUCCCGUGAUUGGCAUGUUGGCUAAGGACAAGCGCCGGCGUUCGAGAUCGCGGUCUCGUUCCCGAGAUCGACGAGCCUCGCGCUCCCGUUCGCAUCGAUCUAGGUCGAGGCGUAGGUCGCGCUCGAGAACGAGAUCGAAACGAUCGCGCAGCAAGUCAAAACGAUCACGCUCUCGCUCGAGACGUUCGCAUUCUCGCAAGCGUUCACGAUCACGCAAGCGAUCGCGGUCUCGCCGCAAGAGCCGCUCUCGCUCGCGUUCCAAACGCUCGAGAUCGCGUGAUCGUCGCAAGCGAUCUCGAUCCCGUCGCCGCAGCGCUUCACGAACAUCCCGAUCACGACGAUCUAGAUCGCGAAACGCCAAACGAUCCCGUUCACGUGAUCGUAAGCGUUCGCAUCGCACACGCGACGAAAAGAGAAGAGCCACUAGGUCGCGCAGCAAGCGACGUUCUCCAUCGCGCACCACCUCGAGUCGCACAAAGGAAGUAUCCGUCAGCAAGUCCAUCACCAAGAGGCGUUCCCGUUCGCCAGAUUCGCGCAAACUCAAAAAAAUAGUUGAAGACACCGUCGUGCAAAGGGACUACGAUGCCGAGGAGAAGAUUGGCCAACGUCACAGCAUCGACAAGCCCAGAAAAUCCGCCAGUGUUGAGAAGUCCGACAACAUGGACAUUUCCAACUCACCAUAAAUUGACUUUAACCGCUAAUUGGACUUUAAUUAUAAUUUAUCAUUAACAUAAGAUACAAAUUAAAUGAAUUAAUGAUUUUUUCUCUCUUCUCAUUAAUAAAGGGUGCCUAUUAAAUGACAUCGCUUGAUAAACAAAACAGCAUUA